GGUUGAGGAUUGAGUGGUAGUGGAGCAGGCGGUGGGUCAGAUCAUUGGUCAGAUCCACCAUGACCUCGGCGGGGGUCAGUUCCUUGGCGGCGAGGACCUGAGGCAGGUGAUCCAGUGGCGUCAAUGGAGGCGGUGGAAAGUGCGGAUGCGGAAAGCCGCUGGCACGGAACUCCUCGUGGUCUAUCUGGAUGUAGUGGGCCGUCGCCGGGAGAAGGAGGCUGAGGUUGAGCCCCACCAGCCAGGUGAUCAGCAGCCGCAAUCCAGCCAUGACAAUGCAGCCGACCUCGGAGUGAACUGAUUGAUAGCGCACUUAGCACUCUGAUUGUCGCGUUCGCGGCUGUUUAGCAAAAAAAAAAAUUGGCAAGCUCUAUCCGCGUCCCCAAAUUGCAGUCCAUUCGUAUUAUAUUCCACUUUUUUUCGAUCCCGAUUCAAUUAGCCCAUCACCAAUGCUCUGAAUUCAAGGUGAUGACAAUUCCGAAAUUCGUCAACCGUCAAGCGACGGGGGUAUUCCACAUUGUUUCAGAUGCAGUGGGUCGGAUAGUUGGGUAUAUGGUAUAAAGUGCGGGGUCGUUUCGCUUCUGGUUCGAACUGAUUCGCGUGAUUGCUGCUGCCAAACUGAAGUUGGGGCUGCCUGGGUAGUGUGCUAAAAUACGGCAGCCGAUCGAUGGAAUGGGAUGGGAUCGGAUCGUAUAAUCGUAAAUUCGAGCUCGGCUUCGUGGUUCAGCCAGUCGAUGGUGUUGCGUGGAAAAUGUUUGCCAUGCCAAAUCUGAAAGAGCGUUUGUCGGGGUCUUAUAAAACUCAAUAGUAAGCGGAUUAUUACUUCGAAAAGUUAAUUAAUAAUAUUUAAUUAUACAAAAAAGUGACUUACAUUAUUUUUGAAAUUUUCUUCGAUUCUUAAGCAAAAUACCUAAAAAUAAUGGUCAAUAUAUAAUAACUGUCUUACCUCCUUGAGCUCGCAAUCUACAGACUUUUGAAGGUUGAAUUAUUUGGACAAUUGAAAAGAAAUUAAAUAUUUAAAUAUUUUUUAAAUCAGCUGAAAAGGGUUAGCAAUCCAUUCUGUAGGUCGCAGCUGUACACAAUAUAGAGUUCCUUCGUCAUGGUUAAUCUUUUGCCAAAGUUCCCAUAUGAGAAGCGUCAAAGGAAUCGAUUGUUAUAGGCCCAAAUGAAUUAUUUUUCAAGCAACAAGUAUUCCCAAGAGGUUUUACCGCCAACUGAUUGUAUCUUUGGUAAUCGAAAUGGCAUUCCUGGCACACUUACUUGAUGUACAAUCAAAAUUGCCCAUCAGUUGCUUCGCGGGAAUUAAUAGAAAAGGUCAUGCCGUCGCUAACAAGGCUUGUAAAAAUUGGCCUGAGCUCCUUUUGUGCCCUCAAUGGAAUUCUGGAUUUUUACCUGGAUAAUGGAUCGAAAAGACUGCGCUGGUCCCGCUGGUUGGCCAUCUAUCGAAUAGUGCACAACUUUGUAGUCUUCAGCCUGACGACAAGGUUCCUGCUGGAUUUCUGGGAGCAGCAUGAAGCAGAAAUAAAGAACUCGCUGCUAAUGACGAUUAACUUCUUCACAUACUUUACAUUGGUGUUUCUGUCGAUAAUCAGCUCCAUGGGCUGUUGCUUCUAUUGGCAGAAUAAAAUCUUUGUGGUUCUCCAGAAGUUAAGGCAUCAAAGGGAGCAGAGCAGGCAGUUAGGAUAUCGAGUGCCGAAGGGCAAACAGCUAUUCGUGGACUGUUUAAUGUUUCUGGUCACCGUCCUUCUGAUCCUUCGCCUCAGCAUCCAUGUGAGCACGUGGAUAAUCAGCAUCAGGGUUGGCUUGAAUCACCCCUGCAACUGCUUCCUGCCCGAGUGCAUGAUCUUUGCCAUGAACUACCUGGUGUUUGCCAUCAUGGCCGAGAUAAGCCAGUGCUGGUGGAGAUUGCAGACCGGACUGGAGAUGAUACUCCUGAAUCAUCCAAAUCUAAGAACUGUAGCUAGCCAAUUAUGUCAUAUUCAAAGGCUGCACACCAUGUUUCAGUGCCUAAUCGAUGUUACCUCGGAGGUGUGUUCCAUGUUCAAGUUCGUCCUUCUAAUCUACUUGAUCCGCAAUCUUUGGAGUGGCAUUGUGAUAGGAUACAUGGUGAUACGUCUGGUUUUUGGAAAAGGACAUGCCGACGUUGAGCUUAGCUAUAUAGUACUGGCCUUUGUCAUCUGCAUCCAACCUCUGAUGUUCUCGAUCCUGAUGAAUAGCAUGACCCACACAACCGAUUCCUUACUAGAUGUAACCAAGGAUAUUUUGAGAACACCUCACAAACAAAGCGCUCAGGUGGAUCGAAGGAUCGAAUGGUUAUCGCUGCAAAUGGCUGGUCAACACACCUACAUCUCUGUCUUCGGCACAUUUCGCCUGAAUCGCUCUUUAGUUUUCACAAGUUCAUCUGUCAUCUUGAUUCACGUGCUCUAUAUGGUGCAAUCUGACUAUAUUUCGUUGACUAAGUGAUGAAUUUACCAACCACAUUUUCAAAAAAGAUGCCCCCUUUUAAUAAACACACUCACAGUUAGUUUUGAAAGUAUCAUUUUGCUCUUGUCUUUUCUGUUUUUAUUUUAUUAUAGAAUUCUUCUUGUGUUUAGCUUAUUUCGUACAAUUAGUUGUUUACGAUUUUAUUCAUUCUGAUUUCGAUUUAUUGUUUAAAAUCAACAUUCAUAAACACGUCCAUUGAAAUGAUUUUUAGAGUUUCUUGCUUUCUUUGUUGUAUAU